UUUGUAUUCUCAAGAAAAUAUAAAUUUGCAGAUUUUGUGAAUUUUGAGUUUGAUAACUAAAUGUGAAUUAGAAAAACUGUGAAUAAUUUGUAGGAAUUUUUACAAAGACUUUAAAUUAGCAUAUACAAAAUGGAAAGAAAAAGCACUUACAGCGAAGACCUUUUUGAAUAUAUAAGGGUGAGUGACGAUGAAGAUGACUCGAAUGCAAUAGAAAUUCCAUGCGAACACGACGGCACACUGUUGUUAUCCACACUUGUGGCCCAAUUCCCUGGUUCGUGUGGACUUAAAUAUCGCCACCCUGAAACUAAAAGUAUUCGUGGAAUCCGUCUCAGUGAUGGCAAACUUCACCCACCCGGUGAUACCGGCUGGGGUAAGCAUUUAUACAUUUGUGUUUUCCCCAAAGAAAACAAACGCAAGAUGGAAGACGAAUCCCCUGAGAAUUCGUCUGCUAAAACAAAACGCUUGGAAAAGAAAUUGACUUGCUCAGAUUUGAUAUGUCUAGGUCUCCCUUGGAAAACAACCGAAGACUCACUGAAACAGUAUUUCGAGCAAUUUGGUGAGGUUGUUAUGGUCCAGCUAAAAAGAGAUAAACAUGGUGCCUUUAAGGGCUUCGGAUUUAUAAGGUUCGCAACAUAUGCAUCUCAAAUGAGGGCUCUUGCUCAAAGACAUAACAUAGAAGGUAGAUGGGUCGACGUCCGAAUUCCAAAUUCAAAGGAAGGUGUUGUCCCACAAAUGCCUUGCAAAGUUUUUGUUGGCAGAUGUACUGAAGAUAUCACAGCAGAUGAUCUUCGUGAAUAUUUUUCCAAGUUUGGUGAAGUGACAGAUGUAUUUGUGCCCCGCCCAUUUAGAGCCUUUGGAUUUGUAACAUUCUUGGAUCCAGAAGUGGCACAGAGUCUUUGUGGAGAAGACCAUGUCAUUAAAGGUGCCUCUGUAUCAGUAUCCAGUGCAUCACCAAAAGUAAAAAACAAACAAAAUCCUAAUUGGAAGGAGGAAAAUUAUGGGUCCAAUGCUUGGGAUGGUAAUAGAUCGGGUCCCUCGCCAUCAGGAAAUGGAAAUGGUGGCAGUAGUAAUAAUAUUGACACUUUAAACAUGCAGAAUCUGGGUAUUAACCCCAACAGUGGCCCACCACCCAACUUUAAUUUGCCCAUUAGUAUAGUUGCUGCUGCACUGAAUCAAGCUGGAUGGGGUGGAUUUUUGGGACCCAAUAACUCCACCCCAAACAACUGGCAAGGUCCUCCCCAAGGAGGAUCCGGUAAGAAUUGGAAUAACGGUCAAAACUGGGGCCAAAAUUGUCCCCCAGCUUGGAACCAAAGUAAUCCCGGCUGGAAUGCCAAUAAAAGUGGCAAUUGGAAUCAAGGAAAUUGGAACAACGGUCCAGGCUGGAGCGGUGGUACUAGUGGUGCACCCAACUCCAACUCUAAUAAUGGUUGGAAUUCUAAUAAGCCACAAACAUAAGGUGAGCUUUGUGUUUUAAUGCAUUUCCAUAAAAACUAGGAAUUAAAUCCAUUGUAACAAAACAUUAGAGUUUUAAAUAAAGAAGUAAUAUUAAAUUGAUAGUAGCAAAUAUUUGAAAGAUAUUUGAGAAUGUAAAUUAGGUAGGUAUGUAAUUAAGCAUAAAAGUGACAAGUGUGUGCAAAUCUGUGAAUUUGUAUGAGUGACUUUUGUGAAUCAAUAAAAGUAUGUAAUUUGUGA